AUGGCUAGUGCAAAGAUAGUUUUACCAAACUACCAUAAAUUGGUAUUAUAUACAGACGAAGAUAAGCAGAUAACGUCCGAGGAAGGCGUACUCUUGCCAAGCUCUUUCGGGAGCUAUACUACGUUUGAAAUACUGAACACACACGAUGGUAAAUUCAAACUACGUACUAAUGAACUGGAAGCUGGCUACGUGAGCUGCAAUGAAAGAGGUCUCUACCUGGGUUCUUCCUUCGUGGAUGCAGAUCAGUUCGAAGUACAUUUAAAUACGACAAACGACACUUUCACGUUAUUGUCUACGAGUAGGAACGUCAAGAGUACAGGAAGACCAGUUUACGUUUCUCUCAAUCCACCAAUCAAGAUAUGAAUUUCUAUGACAAAAUCCACUAUGCAUGACUAACAACAAAAAGAAAAAUUAUAGAAAGCAAUUUUAAGCAUUCUCCCAACCUUGAACAUUUACAACUUCAACUUCAGUACCUUGUACGACUUUACCGAUAACAUGUACUUCAUUUUCACCUGUGUUCUUGAUUCCUUGUACUACCUUUUCGGCAUCUUGUGCGUCGACGACGAGUACCAUACCAAUACCGUUGUUAAAUGUGCGUGCCAUUUCAUUUGAUGCAACACGUCCAUUCUUUUGCAACCAGUCGAAAACAGCUGGACGCUUCCAGGUGUUAGCAUCCACAAUAGCACCUAAGCCUUUUGGAAGUACACGUGGGAUGUUUUCAGUGAAUCCACCACCGGUAAUGUGGCUCAUACCCUUAAUUAAACCCUCUCUAAUAACUGGGAGGGUUGACUUAACGUAGAUCUUAGUAGGAGUAAGUAAUUCUUCAGCUACUGAACGUUCGCCCCAUGGCGCUUUUAUGCUGCGGUAAUCGAUAUCACUGCCGAACGCAUGUGCGAUAAUCUUGUGCACAAGUGAGUAACCGUUGGAGUGGAUACCAGAUGAGGAAACACCGACGAGAACGUCGCCUUCCUUGAUGUUAUCCUUUGGAAGAAUUUCUGGGCGCUCGACAGCACCAACUGCAAAACCGGCAAGAUCGUAGUCAUC